UAUAGAUUAUUAUUAUUAUCAUAGGGGUCGGAUCCUCCUCUGCUCUUAUCCACUCGCCUACUACCUCCUCUUUCUCCGCCCACCUCCACCCCCUUCCCUGCUCUCUCCCACUACUGCCCCCUUUCGCCGUCUCCCUUCUCCCAUCCCUUCCGCCGUUUCUGCCUGCUGCGAACCCGGCGGCAACCGACCUCGAUCGUCGCCGUUCGUCCGCCGACCACCGCCAAGAGGCAGAGUUGAUAUGGCCCUCAAGACCCCGCACCUCCCAUCCAAUUUCGCGAGGCGGCCAAGCAGCCACCACAGCUUCAGCCAGUGGCACUCGCCUCCGCACCACCCAAAGCUUCCUCCAAGGCCCGACCCGCAGACAAGAGUUGCCAUUGCCACGAAGCCGCCGCCGCCGCCGCAUGUCGUCCGCAAGAGGAGCACGACGUCGACGUUGAUGAGGUGCAGGGACGGCCUAGGCCUACACGGCUUCACGGACGACGAGGCUGUUCAUCAGACCCCGGAACCGGAAGACCACCAGACCACCGAGCUCCCCGUCGUGACGCACCCGUCGGUCGUCUUCCCCGGCGCCACGCUGCAGCUGCACGCGUUCGAGUUCCGGAGCCGCAUCAUGGCGCACACCCUGCUGCAGCAGGGCCUCAGCUUCGGGGUCGUCUGCCGCGGGGGGGUAGCGGACGUGGGGUGCGUCGUGCACGUCGUGGAGUGCGAGAGGCUCACCGACGGCCGCUUCUUCCUCACCUGCGUGGGCAGGGACCGGUUCCGGGUCGUCGAGACCGUCAGGACGAAGCCCUACGCGGUCGCACGGGUCCAGGUCUUUCGGGACCGUGACCACAGCCACCACCACCACCACCACGACCUGAUGCAGCAGGUGGAGCGGCACCUCGGGAACGUGGCCGCGCUCGCGGACAAGCUGGGCCAGAAGCCGCCGCCGCCGCUGCCGUACCGCCAGGGCGACCGGCGGCUGCACACCGCCGCCUCGCUCUCGUUCCUCGUCGCGCGCCUGUUCGUCGACGACCGCCGGGAGCAGCAGGCGCUGCUGCGGAUGGACGACGCCGCGCAGCGGCUGGCGCGGGAGGGGGAGUACCUGGAGCGCAGGAGCAAGUACCUGGCGGCCUUGGCGGCGAUCAAGGACGCGUUCCAGCACUCGUCCUGCAACGAGAAGUAGAUCGCGGACCUGUACAUUUUCAAGGGUAGAAGAACUGUACAAGUUCCCUGGUGAGGUCUGACCGUCUGUUAAUACCUAAGGGUUUGAUUAGUGAGUUGGUCUGUUUUUGUAUGUUGGUUUAGUCCUUGGUGUUUCCUGGAAAAGAUUGGGACGAUGAUCUAAAGCUCUAAAAAAAUAAUAAGAAGGGCAAUAAGCAACCAGACUAUAUGCUUGCUGUUGGUAUUGCUUCAGCUACGACCAGCUCCUGCUGCUGCCUGUACAUUCUUGCAUGGCCUUUCUGUGCUGCCACUUCUGCUGCUAUUUCUAAUAAACUGAUGUACUCAUUCGUGUG